GUGAGUGGUUGUGUAGGCACGGCCCCAGUACAGUGCUUUGCCCAGGGACUUAUAAUGCUGUUUAGACAUCCCAGCUCCUAGCAGCUGAAGUGCCAGGAGCAGACAGAAGAUGAUGGCGGCGAGCGCAAGGGAAAGGUUCAGGUAAGAAAACUCACCCUUUGACUGCCCCUAUCUCUGGCCAACAAACCCCCAGGGUCGAUGUCACCAUUGGGAGUCUUUGCAAAUUGUGCAGAGUGCCCAGACAGUGACAGAUACGCUUUAAAAAAAACAAACAAAAAAACAAUGCAUCAAUGAAUUAUACCAUUACAUAUAUGUAAUGAUAAUGGUGUGCCAAGAAGAUUCCUUGGCAACCUGGUUGAUUUGAGGUCAGACAACACUCAAGUGGCACUUCUUCACUAUACCUGAAAUUACAGAUAAUUAAAGAUUAGGCCAAAAUAGCCAAAUUGGAACAACAAUGCUCCAACUCGGCUAUAUCAGGUUGACUAUUUUGGCGUUACAUAAAAAAUAAUGACAUACUGAACAAGUGCCUAUUUGUUUUGCAUGUGCUUUAUUGACACCAGCUUCUUAAUAUGACAAAGUGAUGCCCUAUAUAGUAGUGUUUAUUUGCUGCAGGAUGGGAAUCAAGGCAGAUAUUUUGGAACCCUUUCCUUAUUAAUUGAUUUCCCUCUCGCAGGAUUUGACUUGUACGUGGUACAUGGCAACUUUUUUCAUUAACAUUUCAUGGCAUUUGUACAUGGUAAAUCGAAAUAGGAGAACAAACAGACAUGCAUUUGAAUACAAUGCUACUUGGUACACUAUAAAACUGGCAAAUGUGUGAGUCAUAAAUGUAUAUAUAUAUAUAUAUAUAUAUUAGAAUUGCAAAUCUAAUGAAAACUGUUGAUGGAAAAAUGUACUAAUUUCAAGCUAGUUGAUGAUGCUGUCAAUCUGAUACCUUACUGCAACUAUGCUCAGAUCAAUGUUCCAUAACUUGAUCUCAUGCAUUAUUUUAUAAAGCGCUUCUGUUUCUCCACAUCUGAAGGCAGCUGUGCUACAAAUCUACAACUGAAAUGAAAUCUUUUGUUCUCCCCAGCGCUGGCUGCUUUUAAUAGCUAUGGAAAUCUAAAAGUUUCUAUUGGCUGCACCAUGAUCCGUUUGACAUGAUGUGAAACCCUAGUCCUCUCAAAAAAGGUGGGGUUUACAGCAGCUACGAAAACAUCUAGGCCCACUGUCUUCUAAAUAGUGUAUCUGACAGUGCUAGCAGAAGAAAGAAUCAGUUAAAAUUAAGGGGGAGAAAAGUUUGUCUUUUAUUUAGAAAACGUUAAAAUGCACUGAUCUGUCAGUAUAUAUGAAGAGAUUUGAAAAUGCAGUGUUAUCAAGACAAAAUGAUGCUAUUCUGGAAAAGUGUUAAAAUGUCUAUAAAUAUUCUAUUGGUUUCCAUGGUGAUUGCUUCUUAUUUAGGACUCUGCUCCAUCAGAGUACCUGUCUAAGCCUAACAAGUUUUUGUCUUAAUAGAUUUAUCAUGGCAAUGCAGGUACUGUUUGCUAAAUAUGGUGACAUCACCAUAGAAAAUAAUAACAUACAUCUUUACAUUUAGCACUUUAUACCCAAAAUGGCACAUGCAUGUCUUGCUACAUCUGCCCCCUAGUCUCCAACUUUAUCAGAAAAACAAAGUAAUUUUUAGUUAAUAAUCUAAUAGAAUGCACAAAUUAGAGGGUCGAACUAUUCUCACAAAUUCCUGCACUGCAAACCAGAUAAACAUAUCGGUUAAGUCUUUUACAGAAAGCGUGAGGCUUCCGUGCUGUCUAUCCUAUGUAAGUUGAUAGGACAUAGAGACCAGCUGGGAGCCAAGGUCAUUGAAUAAUGAGGGCUGGCCAAUUAAUCCAGACCAUACAAGGCAAGGUGUCACCCUGCAUUGAGAACAUGAUAUUUACAGACAUCGGGUCUGAAAACUAAAAUAAAACAGGGAACACUGCUCAUCUGCAACAUGGAUACAGGAUUAAGACAUUAUGCAGAAUGGUGCACUAAAUAAUUUUCUAGAGCAUAAUCAAAACAUAGCCAUGCUCUAUAUUUCUCUUUUUAAAUAUGCUGACAUUUAUUUCUAAGGCAUUAGCUGUUAGAAUGCAUACCGAGUAUAAAUGCUGCAGGAUGGAAAAAAACAAACAUUCUCAGAGAGAUUAAAUUAUUCUUUCUGAGAUGCAAAAACUUGGUUUUUAGAAACAAGGAACAGGUUUUCUCUUACCUUUCCUGUCGAUUGGUCAGACCAGAUGAAAAGCGCUGGGAAAGAGGUUUAGAGUGCAGGAUCCAGCGGUUUUGCUUGCAGUUCAAACCGUGUGCAUAUAAUUAAAAGUUCUGAUCCUGGUGUUAAUCUAAUACAGAUAACGACUGCAAUACAGAAUUUAGAUUCAGUGUAUAGGGCUGUCCAAGAUGUUUUUUUUUAACCCCUUAAGGACACAUGACGUGUGACAUGUCAUGAUUCCCUUUUAUUCCAGAAGUUUGGUCCUUAAGGGGUUAAAUCUCAUGUUGUUCUAUCUCCAGUUAUGAACAGAUACCGAAAUCAAAGGAUACUGAACCACACAUUUAUGUUAUAUAUCUGUUUUAGCUCUCUACUUGGAAUCGGUUAGUGUUUUAUUACAUAGUGAUAACUAAACUAAGUACAGUGACCUUGAAUUUAACACAGGGUACUAGUGUAUGUCCUUUCUCGGUCUCUCCGCUCUGCCCCUGACCACCUUCUGUCCGUUGUUCGCACCCAAAUGGCCAACUCACGCUUGCAGGACUUCUUGCGGGCGGCUCCCUUCCUAUUGAAUAACCUGCCUACCGCCAUCAGACUCUCCCCUAGUCUUGCAUCUUUUAAGAAGUGCCUUAAAACCCAUCUCUUUAGGAAAGCUUAUGGCCUCCCAGAGUAACCUCUACCUCACAUACCUGUCUCUUGCGCUCUCCUAAAGUGCAGCACUCUAUUCUCUCCUCCAGCUCUGCUUUACUCCCACCCUAUUUGAUAUUUCCUGUCCUAUUGUAUUUUACACCCCACCUCCUAUAGACUGUAAGCUCGUUUGAGCAGGGUCCUUUCCAACCUAUCGUGUAUGUAAGUUUUUUGUAAUUGUCCUAUUUAUAGUUAAAUCCCCUCUCAUAACAUUGUAAAGCACUACGGAAUCUGUUGGCGCUAUAUAAAUGGCAAUAAUAAUAAUAAUAGUAUUAGCCAAGUGAUCUCGGAGUAGAACUGUGUGAUGUUUUGCCCAGUUCUUUGUUUAUGUAUGCAUGUUGCUGUUUAGCUCUUCUCUUUGUUUACCUGUUGAUAUUUAGCUUUUCUUUUUUAGAUGUCUGUAUACUGAUAUUUACCCUAGCUCCCUCUAUUUUUUAUGUAGUGACAUUUACCCCAUCUCUUUCAUUUUCUGUGUAGUGAUAUGUACCCCUGCUUUCUGUAGAUUUCUGUGUAGUGAUGUUUAUCACUCUGUAUAUUUCUGUGCACUAUUUACCCAGCUCUCUGCAUAUUUCUGUGUGAUAUUUACCUCAGCUCUCUGCAUAUUUCUUUGUGAUAUUUACCCCAUCUCUAUGCAUAUUUCUGUUUGAUGUUUUUCCCUGUUAUCUGUAUAUUUAGCAUUUAUCUCUGUAACUACUCUCCCUGUUCAUGCAUUGAUUUUUAGUCUUGCUGUCUGUAUAUUUCUGUACCCUGGCUGUCUGUAUAUUUCUGUGUACUGAUGUUUAGUCUUGCUCUCUGUAUAUUUCUGUGUACUGAUGUUUAGUCUUGCUCUCUGUAUAUUUCUGUGUACUGAUGUUUAGUCUUGCUCUCUGUAUAUUUCUGUGUACUGAUGUUUAGCCUGGCUGUCUGUAUAUUUCUGUGUACUGAUGUUUAGUCUUGCUCUGUAUAUUUCUGUGUACUGAUGUUUAGCCUGGCUGUCUGUAUAUUUCUGUGUACUGAUGUUUAGUCUGGCUGUCUGUAUAUUUCUGUGUACUGAUGUUUAGUCUGGCUGUCUGUAUAUUUCUGUGUACUGAUGUUUAGCCUCACUGUAUAUUUCUGUGUACUGAUGUUUAGUCUGGCUGUCUGUAUAUUUCUCUGUACUGAUGUUUAGUCUUGAUGUUUAGUUUAGUCUGGCUGUCUGUAUAUUUCUGUGUACUGAUGUUUAGCCUGGCUCUCUGUAUAUUUCUGUGUACUGAUGUUUAGUCUGGCUGUCUGUAUAUUUCUGUGUACUGAUGUUUAGCCUGGCUCUCAGUAUAUUUCUGUGUACUGAUGUUUAGCCUGGCUGUCUGUAUAUUUCUGUGUACUGAUGUUUAGCCUGGCUCUCUGUAUAUUUCUGUGUACUGAUGUUUAGCCUGGCUCUCUGUAUAUUUCUGUGUACUGAUGUUUAGCCUGGCUCUCUGUAUAUUUCUGUGUACUGAUGUUUAGCCUGGCUCUCUGUAUAUUUCUGUGUACUGAUGUUUAGCCUGGCUCUCUGUAUAUUUCUGUGUACUGAUGUUUAGCCUGGCUCUCAGUAUAUUUCUCUCUGUAUAUUUCUGUGUACUGAUGUUUAGCCUGGCUCUGUAUAUUUCUGUGUACUGAUGUUUAGCCUGGCUCUCUGUAUAUUUCUGUGUACUGAUGUUUAGCCUGGCUCUCUGUAUAUUUCUGUGUACUGAUGUUUAGCUGUGUACUGAUGAUUUAGCCUGGCUCUCUGUAUAUUUCUGUGUACUGAUGUUUAGCCUGGCUCUCUGUAUAUUUCUGUGUAUAUUUCUGUGUACUGAUUUAGCCUGGCUCUCUGUAUAUUUCUGUGUACUGAUGUUGUAUCUAUGUACCUGGGGUGAUCAGAUUUACCACCUGUAUUACAAUGCUCCCCCCAUACCUGUAUAAAGGUGAUUUUAUUCUCUGCUCUCUGUGUGUUGGAUUGCAGUGCUUCUCUCUCUCUGAUGUUUUUGUUCUGGAACAGCACAGUUUCACAGCUGAUCACCCAUGGGGGAGGAGGGAAGGUCUCAACUCAAACAUAUACAGCAACAGAAAAUAAGCCUUGGUAAAAGUCACCGUUUCCUUCUCCCGCUUUCACAUCCGUUUUGUUACACAAAAUACUCACUGAAACUGACUCCUUGUAUUUUUCAGCAUCGAGGCACCGGAGAAAUACAAUAAUUACCCCCGGCAGACAGAAUGGUGCGGUCCAUCUGCUGACGUCAGAUGUUUACGGAAGUGACCCCCCCUUCCUUCGCUUCGUUAUGUUGGUGGGGGCGGGACCCACUCCAGUUUCUCACAUAGCCACGCCCCAAAAGGGACUCAGAUUACGCUUAAGCAAGGGGGCGUGGUUUUUGCAUUGUCAACAGAGCACCACGUGACGUCUCUGGCAGAUAAAACACGGCCUCAGGCUGUCAGUGAGAGUCUAGGUACCCGCCAUAGGCCGCGCCGGGUGUCUUGCCGCCUUGUGGCAUCCAGAGCCGCUAAACCUAGCCCUGCCCCUCCUUAUUGUGCUGUUUUAUGAGCCAAGGUUUAAUUGUAAGAGGGAUAGGGGGUCAAAGUUCAAUGUUUUUCACAGCUGCUUUUUUUUUUUUUUUUUUUGCAGGUCUUGUAUAGCACUUGUAUCCACAGCUGCUUUGUAUCACAAGGUUACCAAGUUCAUGUAUAUCUCUGGGGUUGUAUGGUUUUACGCUAUACCGAAGAUCUGCGUCGUACUCGCACCUCCCACGCACGCCCGCCUUCGACUUCUCUAGAGCUGCGCCGUUGCUGUGGAACUCCUUUCCCAUCUCCGUUAGACUCUCACCCAGUCUUGUUUCCUUCAAAAGAUUAAAAACUCACUUCUUUAGGAAAGCGUAUCAAUGAAACCGUUAAUAGCUAUCCCUCCCCGCACCUUGGUAACCCACCAUGCUUGCUCUCCAGCAAUUGUGUCAUCCAAAAAAAAACAACUAACCCUUCACUGGUCUAGCAAUUUAACUUUUUGCUGUACAUGAAAUACAUCCUUCCCUUACCUCCUGUGUCCCUUUUACAUCACUCCCUCUAGAAUAUAAGCUAUUUUGAACAGGUCCCUCAACACCCACUGUUCCUGUGAGUCCAGCUUGUCUUCCUGCAGAUACAUGUAUUUUAGUCCACCUAUUGUAUAACGCUACAGAAUUUGUUGGCGCUCUAUAAAUAAUAAUCACCAUGCUGGUGGGUGGCGUAUGAAAAAGACUGGGUUGCACUAUGUAGGGUACGAGGACAAGAAGCAAACCAAAAAAUAGAAAUUCAAAGGAUUUGCCUUGCUUUGUAGCUUUUGUCCCUGCAGCAUCUGUAUGUUAUUAGAGGGCAGCAUUUAUUCCUGGAGAACUGGAUGGUUUAUUAUUUUUGGCAAUUAUAUAGCGUUAACUUAUUCUGCUGCGUUUUACAAUAAUAUAAAAGGGGUAAUUUUAACAAUAAAUGAGACCAAUACAAAAUGUUAUCGGAACAAUAGGUUAAUGAGGACUGUACGUAAACAAGCUUACAUUCUAUCUGAGAACUUUCAGGGGUUUAAGUACUUCUUUUAGAAAUCUGGAUUUAAAGGAAUUCUUCUGCUCCAUAGCAACUACAGCUCGUUAAAUGUUUGUGGGAGCAGGAGUAUCGAGGUCUGUCUUACCUUUUAGGGGUUACACUGUCUUCUAACAGUUUAACUCUGGAAUUGGUCCACUGUGCCUGAGCCCACUGCCCUCUAACUUCCUUCCACCAUGAUACUAUAAUAUCAGUCAUCCCAAGUAUCGAGGAGGUUACGGAAGAUUCACACAUUUUGAAUGUGGCUCCCUGACACCCGCAAAUCAUAUCAUUUUUCUUUAAGUCACACACUGUAUACAAUGUAUGUCUGAUCGUGUGUGAGUGAUUUCCAAGAUAUUGUUUAAGACUUGCACCCCCCCAUAAUACUCGCUACACAGGGGCCUGGUCGUGUGCUGCGGCCCUCUAACCUAUUAAGGACCAAACUUCUGGAAUAAAGGGAAUCAUGACAUGUCACACAUGUAAUGUGUCCCUAAGGGGUUAAGAGUAUGAGUGUGUACCUGUGCGAUCAGCCAGCAGGGAGGAAGUGACAGCCUGUCACUUCCUCCCUGCUUCACAAAGCCGCCCUAGAGAAACCGAGAGAGCAAGCCGCAGAAGAGAGGCUGGAGUGAGCUACUGCAUGCUCACUCCCAUCAGCCUGGACCAGAACCCCAAGCAAGCCACCCUACUGGACACAAAGGUAAGCUAACAGGAGGGUGGGGUGGCUGCAAAUGUACAAAGUAUGACGUGUAAUUGUAAGUGCCUAUGCGUGUAUCUGUGUGUCAAGGUAUUCAUACAUGUUUGGCUAUAUGUGUUUGUGUGAGAGGGGAGGUGGGGCAAGUUCUGGCAGCAGGGGAGGAGGCACACCAGGUGGACCGCAAGUAAGUUGGCAGACUGAGAACUUACCCUGGGAGGAUGCCUGUGCACUUCUGGCAAUCUAGUGGUCUUUAAUGGUUAUGAUGCUUGUAGUGUUAUUUUGAACUCUUGGAAAAUGGUAAGAUGACCAGAAACAGGGCUAGUGCAAAGAUUUUUUUUGGCUACACAGGUGAGAGGGUCAUUUUCCCGCACCCCCAUAAUCAUCUUUGACUGUGUCUCUUAACCCCUUUUUUUUGCCCCUCUUAGCCACCCUUUUGCAUAUCGCCCUUUUUGCAGAUUGUAUUCCAAAUUUUACACUUCUACCCCUUCUUUUAUCACCUCUUCAGAUGAUCUUCCUCUUUUUGUCCCACUUGUUUAUCAUAUUCCGCCCUUUGUGUAUUUUACCCACCUAUGUUUCUUGUCCCCCUCCCCUUUUUACAGCAAGGGCUCACAGAAUGGUGAAGGGGUUUAAUUUAUCCUUUACCUGGUCUAAUAAUAAGCUGCUUGCUGCUCAUUCCUCACCUCGACCAGUUACAUCGAGCAUCUCUAUGUCAGACCAAGCAUAAAGAAGAUCCUAUACCACGGUCUGCAAGGUCACACUACACAAGUGACCAGCAGGAGCUCUGUGUACCCACUGCUGCAUCUCACCUAGACAUUGUACCCCGACCCCGGACUGGGGCUUCCAAAGGUGGCCGUUUAAUUGUUGCGUCUGGCCAGUCACACCUUCCCCGUAACACUUACAUUGAGCGGAAGUUGUUAUGGGGAUGUUCCUUUAAAUGCAACAGAAUGCAUGGUUUGUUAAAAAUGUUCCAGGUAUCCUAGAUCCAAUAUGUUGGGUUGGACUGGCAUAGCACUGUCCUGAAUUAUUAAGCUGGUAUCCUACUUUUUGAGGAUAUUACAAAUCUGAAAAAUGGUCAUGCUUACUGGCAUGUUAUUUUCUUUAAGUUCUUAUUUAGCUCUGUGCUCUUGUGUAGAUUAUUGGAGGACACACUCAUGGAUUAGCAAAACAACUGGAUUUUCCUUACAUAAAACCAGUGAUUUUCAAUAAAGGUUCAAAACUGAUUUAGGAGAUUCCCAUGUCCAGUAGAAAACCAACAAAACAUAGAUGUGAAUCACUUAGAAAGUAAAAGUUUUGCAAAUUUAGCAAACCAUGAAAUUAAGCAGAUUCACUCCAGUAGAAGGCACAUUUGCAAAAUAAGUGAACCUGUUUUUGCAGGUGAAAGUACAGGAGUCUGCACUCUUACAGCACAAAAUCCAAAUUGCAAAAGAAAAACAGGAGAAAUCACGUUUCUUUUAAUCUCUUACAUCAUAGACGGCAGUGUAAAGGUUAGUAAUAAUAGAGCAGAUAGGUAGCCCCUAAGGCCACAAUCACAUUAGGAUUACCCCAUAGGAAAACAUUAAAUCAGAGUUUUAGCUGAUGGUGAAUGUCCUCAUGCAAAGCGUGAGGACAUCCAGCGUCAUUUAGCAGACCAAAAGUCUAAGGACCCGGAAGUGCCUCUCGUGGCUGUCUGCUGGACAGCCGCAAGAGGUGGAGUUAACUCAGCAAGGUAAUUAUUGCAGUUUAUCAAUAACUGCAGUAAUUACAGUUGCAGGUUUAAGGGGACAGGGGCACCACACCCAGACCACACCAAUGUGAUAAAGUGAUCUGGGUGACUAUAGUGUCCCUUUACAUGAUAAAUUGCUCUAAAAUGGCUUAAUUAAUAAAAGCAGUCGAAGUAUCGUAACAUUAAUGAUGCCAGGAGUCUCCUUGCACGGUUGAACACUUAUUGAUAGAAAUGUUCAUCCUCUUAAGGUUUCUUUCCAUCCAGUUUAUCGCAUUUUGUCAAGUCUUUUGCCCUCUCUCUCUCACAGAUACAGUUACUGGUGGCUGUUUCUUUGCAUUUUAUCCCAUUUUUAUGUUUUUAGAUAGAACGGAGUUACCUGUACAAUGUGGGGUCUGUGAGAUUAUUUUGUUUGCUAUAUGUUGCUUUAUAUACUAUAUUUUUUGAGCAAUAAACCUGUGCUUUUAUGGUCACUACUUGUGUUAUUGAAUGAGACAGUUGUUUCUGCAGUAUCCCAAGAUAUUAUCGGCCAAUCUCUGCCUCAACCAUAUCUCCAGUAGAGUACAGGUAACUUAUAGAGGUCAGGGAACCUUCAGUCAUAAUUUGCUCUAAAAUGACAGUGAAUGGAUAGUGCCUAUAUUGUCCUUUUUAAUGGCGUAGUCGAAGUACCAUAACUAUGGAAAUAAUUGCAGGAGUCUCCUUGCGCUGUCCCACCGUUAUACGUGUUUUUAAAGGGUUUGACACAAAUAGUGGGUCCAGUUUGUCUGGAUCAGAGUGUCAGCUGUGAAGCUCAGCCAAUAAACUCCACCCAAAACAUAGCCGAUAUUGGUAAUGCUAAUGCAGAUGGGUAACUUCCACGUUAGCUUUAUCUCUAAUUAUUUAUCUCUACAGUCGCAGCCAGACUGUGGGUGCCUGUAAUUGGUGACGAUCCAUUUGAAAACAUUCUGAUGUAGUGGCUAUAAUGCUUAGUGUGUCCCUUUUAACCAUCACACUGGUACAUCAGGGUUAACCCCUAAAGAGCAGCAAAAUCUGUAUGAUAAAAGAACACUGUAGGAUCAGGAAUACUAAGGUGUAUUCCCUGCCCUAUAGUGUUAACAACACAUUUUAGUCACCCCUUGCCCCCUUUAAAAUAAAAACUCUCCUUUAUCCCGCUGCCACUGGCCCCACCACCGAUCCACCUACUUGGCUGAAGUCAUCUAAACUGAUGAUCGCAGUCAAUCCAAUGCUUUCUCAUAAGAAAGCAUUAGGAGGCUAAUGUGCACACGCAACAAAACGCUGCGCUGGCCAAUCAGCAUCUCCUCAGGGACAUAUUAGACUCACCAGAACUAUAUUAAGCUGUUGUUGUUCUGGUUACUAUAGUGUCCCUUUAAUUCUCAAGAUUCAUCAUUGUCUGUCUGGAUUUUGUAAUUUAGCUUUCAAAUUAAAUUUAAAAGGGUCACUCCAGGUGUCAUAACACUACAGCCCACUGUCGCAAUUAAUUGGCUGAGCGCAUCAGCUGACUUCUCCCAGCUAAAAUGCAAUGAUAUUUUGACAGAAUUGGCAAUUGUCUAACUACAAAUGUGGUUCAAUUAUACUUAUAUUGGCAGCACUCCUCCGAUAUAUUUUCUCCCAAUUUGGGAGUGAGUGCUCGUGGAUAGACACACUGUUGCCUCCUCUUUAAAGCAACACUCCAAACACCAUAACCACUUCCAGAUCUCCAGUGCUUCUAGUGGUGGCAGAACAAUAAUGUGAAUGGAGCAAUCCGUAAGAAAGUCAUAGUUCCGCAAAAGUGGUGUAGCAUAUGCAAGCAGUAAAAAAAAAAAAAAAAUAUUUACAGACAUCAAGGAGGCAGUUAUAUAUAGAUUCUCAUGUACGAUAUAAACCCCCUUUACUGUACUCAUGUCCUGACUACUGGUCACCAAUCUUCCAAAUAUACAUAGAAUGGUGUAUUUGCUUUUUUUUUGCACAAGGCUGUUGGAACUCAUUGGUAGGUGGAUUGCUGCUAAUAAUUAGAGAGUGACUUUACCCCCACCUUUUUUCAUCAAUCUUCCAAGCCAGUGAUCCAAAACACAAAAAAAAUACAAAGAAAAUAAAAAGCAGGUUCAAUAAAUUGGAUUAUCAGGCAAGAUAACUGGUAUAAUUUCAACUAUUUUUCAUUUAUUUAAAGGGUUACUCCUAGGCCAAAUACAAACAAACUCCAACAAUUAAGCAGAGACACCCCAAUUAAAACCUGCAUUGAUUGAGUUAGGCAUUUUUACAUUAAGGGUACAUUUCUAAUAACAGCUUGCAAAGCUGCAGAUCUUUUGUUUUCAGCCUUCCCCUUCUUCUCCAGCCCAGACUUUCUGUGGCUGUCCAAUCACAGACUGUAGCUCAAUGAGAAGUCUUUGCAAGGCAGGUGGUUUUGGCGAUUGUCUACCUCUUGAGUUUAGCUCCACUAAGCUAAAUAACCAGGAUGUAACAGGACUGGUUGGCUGAUUGACAGAUAGGGGGAAAUAACAAGGUUAAAUGGAAACUAUAGGCAUCUAGACCACUUCAUCUCAUUGGGUUUUAGAGAAACUGCAAUGUUUACAUUACAGGGAAACGCCUUACAACCUCUUCUAUCGAUUACCCGAGCCCAGCGAUGAUAUCCCUCAGAGCUGGUUUAGGCUCCUCCUUUUGGUGGGGGAACCCUAAUGCGCACGCGUGGCGAUCGCAUUGGAACUUGCCCCAUAGACAAGCAUGUAUAAUGCUUUCCUUUUGAGGUUUUAGGUGACGCUGGACGUGUCGCACACUCGUAUUGAAUGCUCCCUCCGCUGUAAAGUCACAAGAGGAGGAGACCGAAGCAGCUUAGAGCUGGAAUCGGGUAAGAGAAAAAUAACACUUUCAUGGCUGGGAGUGGGGGGCAUGGAGGCAGAGGGACACAAUAGUGUUUGGUAUGCCUAACACUAUAGUGUUCCUUUAGUUUACAAAAGUUGCAAAUUCUAUUUAAAUCUGCACUUUUUGUAAAAUGAAAAGAGGAUGCAGCAAGCUGAAGUGCUUUAGGGUUCUAGCAUGUCCCUUUAAAGGAACACUCCGGUUACCAUAACAACGUAAUCUAAAUGAAGUUGUUAUGGUGCAAGGAAGCCCCCAGACUCACUCUUACCCUUUCUCAAACAGUUUAACCCCAAAGUUUGCCUCCAGCAUCAGUGUGCUGAUCCCCCAGGUGGCAUCUGGCUUCUGAAUCUCACUUACAGGAAGCGUGGAAUGCUGCAGGGUAGAUGCUUCGUGUUUAUGUUUCUCUUUUAUUAGUGGGAAACUACUGAUUGGAAGCUACCACUCUAAGUCAAUCAGCAACGCUCCUGUAACUGAGAUUCAGAAGUCGGAUGCCUCCUGGGGGAUCUGCAGAUCGGCACUGGAGGCAAACUUUGGGGUGGAACUGUUUGAGAAUGGUUUAACUCCUAUGGGUAAGAGUGCGACUGCAAGCCUCCUGGCACCAUAACAACUUAAUUUAGAUUGUUAUUAUGGUGACGAGAGUGUUCCUUUAACAUUUUUUCAGAACGCAUCUUGAUAAAAAGGUGACACUAAAAAUAGACUUGGCUACAAUGACGCCACAUUGAAAAUAGUGCAGCAACAUUAUAUCACUGUAACAUCACUCGCAAUAUUACAGUGCGGGGUAAGAUAUUGAGAUCAAAUGGUCUGGGUGCCUAUAAUAACCCUUAAACUGUGCUGAAACACCAUUGGAAUGACGUUAAUCCAUUUUUUGGACGCAGCUCGAUUUUUAAAUUUUACUAAACAACAAUAGACACUAACAACCUACAUUUAGAAGCAUACUGGAGUUAAGAAUUUACACAUACUUUUCAGUCAGCUUAUAAAAACUAAAUAAUAAAUGUAACUUCUUUUGAGUGCUGACCUACAUACCCCCCCUGGACUUGUGCUAUUCAGGGAUUUAUUGGAUCUACUUAGCUCCCACUGGAAACAAUUGGAAAGCUAGGAUUGGCUGACAGAUGUCAGCUACUUCCUGGUUUUGAUGAGAGCACACUGCAGGAAGCAGAAAACCCUGGGGACUUGCAGCAAACAAGAGAAACUUCAAUAAGGCAAGUAUCUUUUUAGUAUUAUUAUUUAUUUUGCCAUUUUUAAUGCAUUACUUGUGCAAGGCAUUUAAAUAAGGUUAAUCACCAGAGUGUACUGUCUCUUUAAGUACUGAUUUGGCGUAUACAAUGUGUACAAAGUGCACAGAUACACUCUUUAAACACGCUUCAGCAUGCUUGCGACUCCACAUUGCAAUAUAAAGUAGUAGGCUACCCUAUAAACUUCAACGAAAGACCUUUAUUUUGCAAAAACAUCUCUCAGAGCUUACAGCAGAGAAAUAAAAGGGGCCAGGGCAGGUGAAAUUUUUUUAAUAUAAAGUUUUGUUAUAUGCUAAUUUUAUAUGUAUCACAUUUUUUUUUAAUUGAUACUGAUAGCAGUCACGCUACAUUGUAGCCAUUGUGGUGAGAUCUCCCUCUGUAUCCUAUUAUCCAUAGAAUCUGAUAGAACGCUAAACACAUAACUAAUAUCUCUCCGUCCUCCUUACAGAGAACCACGCUUCCCUAUCCCACAAUGCACCGGAGGGAGCUGCGCCGCUCUGGCACUCUGCAGACCAUCGAGCUCCCUGGCUCGGGCUCCUCCGUGCAGGAUCUGUUCGGGGUAACCAGAGAGAUGACCACGCUGGUACUGGACAAUGGAGCGUACACUGCCAAGCUGGGAUACAGCCACGGGCAAGCGAGGUGCGGCCAUUAACCCCAGCAUUGCCAGUGCUAGGGGAAAAAAACAAUCACAUCUGUUUUGGAUUAUUUACUAAACGUCGAAAUGGGGGGGAAUUGGGAUCUGAAUGUUAGAUCUUGGGCUAAAAUGACCAUGUUUGGUUUUGAUCUAUAGUAGAGUUGGUGAAUUUGAUCAAAUCAGCUUUUUUUUUUUGCCUAAUUUAUUUAUUUAUUUAUUUAUUUUGUUCAGUAGAAUUCAGUGUUUAGUAGAUCAACCUCAAAGAUGCAUUUUAGGGCGAAUUGGGAAUAUUCAUCAAGCCCGCUAUGUUUCCAGAUCCGAUAUUGUGGCCCAAAAUGUGAUAUUCACUGUGCAAUUGUUACAAUUCAGCGUUUUGUUGUUGACAUAAAAGGACACUAUAGUCACUUCAGCUUAAAGGACACUAUAGUCACCAUAGUCACUACAGCUUAAAGGACACUAUAGUCAACAUAGUCACUACAGCUUAAAGGACACUAUAGUCAACAUAGUCACUACAGCUUAAAGGACCACUCUAGGCACCCAGACCACUUCAGCUUAAUGAAGUGGUCUUGGUGCCUGGUCCAUCUAGGAUUAACCCUUUUUGCUGUAAACAAGCAGUUUCAGAGAAACUGCUAUGUUUACCUAUGGGUUAAUCCAGCCUCUAGUGGCUGUCUCAUUGACAGCCACUAGAUGCGCUUCAGCGCUUCUCACUGUGCUUUCCUAUGAGACUGGCUGAAUGCACUCGUGGCUCUUGCCACGCAUGCGCAUUCAGCCGGUGAUGGAAGAAAAGGGAGGAGAGUUCCUCGCCCGGCGCUGGAGACAGCCCAUGAGACAGCCAUAGAGGGACUUCCAGGUGCUUAGAUGACUUUUGGUCAUCUAAACGAUGCUGGACGUCCUCACGCUAUGCAUGAGGACUUCCAGCAUUGCCGGAAUCUCCAAAGGAAAGCUUUGAAUAAUGCUUUCUUAUGGAAAAAUCCUAAGCGAGCGCGGCCAUUGCUGCGCAUGCACCAUAGGUCUCCCCCGCUGGCAGCAGGGGAGGUGCAUGGGCGUAGCUGAGCCAGCACCGAGGGACAUUGGCAUUGGACCCAGGUAAGUGACAGAAGGGGUUAUUAACCCCUCCUGCACCAUGGGAGGUAGGGGGUAGAAGGGGCUUGACAGAGGGGUAUAGUGCCAGGAAAACAAGUUUGUUUUCCUGGCACUAUAGUUUCUCUUUAAGGCAAGCUGGUAUUAUCCUUGACUCUUCCUUUCUUUCUUUUUUUUUCUUUUUCUUUUUUUUUUUUAUUUCAGUUGGCUACAGUUUUUGUAGUUUAGUAGAUGGUGGCACUAGUGACUGCUGCAUGGAUUGACAAUUCUAGAGGGCGGUAGCUCCGCCCAGUGUCAAGAAGUAUCAAGGUGUUGGAAAAUUACAAAAGAAAAAGACAAAGUCCCUACUUAUUUUCCGGUAUAUCUCUUGAAUGGGUUGGAAUUUCAGUGAAAUUUCAACACAAUCAUUCUAAGUAUUUCAUAAAGAUUCUGUCUUUAUGAAAUACUGAUUUUUCAGGUGGGGGUGACCAAAAGUCACCAAAGGACCUGGAAGUCACUCUGCCUGGUAGACAGCCACUAGAGGUGGAGUUAACUCUCAAAGGUAAUUAUUGCAGUUUUUAAAAAAAUCCUCCUGUCUGAACACAGACAUCACAUGUCACAAUUGCUCAGAUUUGACAAAAGUUGACAGUGGAGCUCUGCCAUUGUCAACUUUUAUCAUCCCCAGAUUUACCAUAAGACAAAGUAGUUCUUUUGGAUUGUGUUGGAAUUGCAGUAAAAUUUCAGUAGUCAGGACCAGUAUUUCAUAAAGAUUGUAUCUAAUGAAGUACUGAAAAGUGACAGUACUGCUUUAAUUGUAAAUAAUGUCAAAAAGUAAUCCAAUUUUUGGAUUACUUGUUUGGUUUAGUCAAAAACUCUGCCAUUUUUCUAAAGUCCCAAACGUUAUUCUUAUCCUUGGUUUCCGCUAGAGAAUGUUCAUUUGAAAUUUUUUUUUUUUUUUUUACUUUUUUUUCUCUCCUCACUUCUGACUGAGUUUUUUCCCUGAAUCAGUGACCCUGAGAGUGUUUAAAUAUUAGAAAAUGAUGUGAAUGUUUGAUUUGUGUGUAAAUAUUCUUUAUUAAUAGGCACAAGAAACUAGACCAUAGAUAUGUGGCAAUGUGUAACAUUUUUGUUCUAAUGUACAAAACGUACUGCUAAAAUGUUUGUAACUGUUUUCAGAUUGUCUUGUCCUGUACACUUAGUAAAUUCCUUAUAAUCUUACUAAAAUUCUGUUUUUACAGCAUCAUUCCUAACUGUCAGUUCAGAUCAAAGACAGCUCGUUUAAAAACAUUUACUGCUAAUCAGAUUGAUGAAGUUAAAGAUCCAUCUGGACUCUUCUAUAUUCUGCCAUACCAGAAGGUAUUCUUACUGAUUUCUAAUGUCUAAUUCACAGUAACAGAUGCGUGCAUAGUGCCUAGGCAAACAAGUCCUUGUAAGUACAGCAGCAGAAGAGAGGGGAGCCAGUAUACCAGGUGCCCAACUUUGUUGUUAAGCUGUUUAAAGGGACACUGUAGUCACUAUAACCACUUUGUCUCUUUGAAUUGGUUAUAGUGCCUGGAGUGGCCUGGCACUGUCCCUCCAUUCAGUGUUGCACCAUGUUUGUGCAAUAUGCCACAAAAUAAGAGUCCCUGGCCACCCACAGUCCGGCCCCUUCUGUAUGUGUAGCUAAGGCAGAGAUUACACACUUCCUUGUUGUCAUACCCAUUCAUACCGUCAGUUGGAGCUCUGACAGGUUAAAAGCAGUCAGCUGACACACUCAGCCAAUCACAGCUGCCCAUUGCCUCUCAGGGUAAUACUUCCUUAUUAGCCAAAGCAGCACAGAGGGGAUAGACUGCUGUGGACUCUUGUUUAGCAUUAAAACAUUACAACAUUAAAAACUGUUUAAUGCUGAAAGAAAUUAUGGUGCCAUGGGACUCCAGACGCUAUAACCAGUUUAAUGAGAUGAAGCAGAUACAGUGCCUACGGUGUCCCUUUAAAUGAAAAUAGUUAUUAAUAAUAAUAAAUAUAUAUUUAUAAUUACACAUACAAUUAAAGUAAUAGGCUUCAAAAUGUUCCUGUGAUUUUUUUUAUUUUGAUUUAAAUAUCUUGAUCUUACUUUAAUCUAUUUUCAUACGUGAGGCUGCUGUGCACUAGCAAGCAAUUAACAGAGCAUGAGAUGAUGCCAUGAAAUAUUAUCACUAGAUGUAAAUACUUCCCUACUAUUGCGGUUUCCCACAAUGCAGCUGUGAUAUUAUUUUUAUUUAUUUUGAAUUAAACUUUAACUUUAUUAUAGGGCUACUUGGUGAACUGGGAUGUCCAGAGACAAGUUUGGGAUUAUCUUUUUGGAAAGGAAAUGUUCCAGGUAAAUGAUGUUGUUUAAUAUUUAACCUUGAAGAAACUUCUUGUGAUGUCCGACAUCUAUAAGACAUGUGGAAUAAGAGGGAACAAAUCCAAUAGUGUAGUGAAUUAUAUCUAGCAUAAAACCUAUUACUCACAAAUAAAAUGCAGACCAACCUCCGGUCGCAAAUAUGGACAGGACCUCCCUGAAGAGUUUCUGAGCCUCAUUACUCCUGGCUAAAUAAAACUCCAAACUCCUCGUAGUUUAUAUGUUUUCUUUAUGGACUUUGGCAAGAGUGCAAGCUACUUAUUUUUCUUGGAGAGGUUCUUUAAAUAUAUGCAUGUGCUUAUAAUUUGGGUAGCGGGAUGUAUAAAUGGCAUAGCAUGUUCUUUAUGUAGAGCUUACCAUGUACAUUUUCAUGAACAGUGAUCUUUACAUAGACUAUGCCUAGAAGUCCAUUGUUGACACUUCACAUUUUUAAACUGUUUAGCAUGCACAACCGAUUGUUACUGGCUUGUUUUUAUGUAGCAAUGUUAUUGUAAUAUCAGCUGGUGCUGUUCAGACUCCCCUACAUUUAGUAAAAUAAUACCAUGGUUUUAUUAUAGAGAUUUUUCGCUUUUUCUCCUGUUAACAAUAUUUCAAAUAUUUUGGUGAAUGUCUUUGAAUUAAUAGGUGGAUUUUGUAGAUACCAACAUCAUUAUCACCGAGCCUUAUUUCAACUUCUCUUCAAUACAAGAGUCGAUGAAUGAGAUAUUAUUUGAAGAAUAUCAGUUCCAGGCAGCUCUCCGAAUUAAUGGUGAGCCUCUUUUGAUUUAAUGGUUACUGGUGUUUGCCGUGUGACAUUGUAGACUGUUCCACCUAUAUGUACAGUCAUAUUUCAAAGAUACGUGGCAGGAUUCUUGGGGAGGUAUAUGCACUCUGAGGUCUAUUUUGUCAGUAUGACACAUUUAUCAAAAUGAAAGCAUUAGAUACAGAACCCUAGCACCAUUAGCACUUCCCUGAGCUAAAGUGGCUAUGGUGCAUAGACUGUCCCUAUUAACACUGGAAAUUGAAUAGCAUGUAAUCCAUUGAAAGCUAUUGGAAAUACUUUAUCCACAUACCAGAGAUAUUCUUAUCUGCAAUAGAAUCUAUUGUUUAGCCUGCAAUCCUGUAACCAUGAAUCUUGUUCUGGUACAUCUGUUUAUUUUCCACAAAAAACUUAUACAACCUUAAAUGCAGCUGUGAAUUUGAUUGGUUUUGUGAGUCGCUUCCACAUUUCAAGUGUUUUUCAGCCUUUUUUUGAAUAUUUUAACCUUUUUUUUUUUUAUCAUGCUGUUGUAGUUUGACUAUUAUAUUAAUUUCUUGGUGUUGAGGUAUCAGUAAAGUUGGGUCCAAUUUUAUUUGCAGGUGGAGCUCUAAGUGCACACAGAUAUUUCCGGGACAAUCCAUCAGAACUGUGUUGCAUCAUUGUUGAUAGUGGUUAUUCCUUUACACACAUUGUGCCGUAUUGUCGAAGUAAGAAAAAGCAAGAGGGUAUAAUAAGGUAAGUUGGGUUAUGGAGACGCAUGAAUAUAAAAAGAGGCUUUUACCAAGUUUGACUCCCUUCAUCAUUUUUAUUUAAAUUAUUUUCCCCCCCUUUCUUUUUCCCUUUUUCUAUUCUAGAAUAAACGUCGGUGGAAAACUAUUAACUAACCAUCUAAAAGAGAUAAUUUCAUACAGGUAAAAAUGUUUUUGUACUGCAGUAGUCUUUUGUGAAAUCAAUUGUUAAAUCUUUAAUGUACUUUUGAAAGAAAUGCAUCACAUCACAAGUAAACACGUAUUGUGCUUUUCAGUGUUUUAUUUAAUGGUGUAAAUCUCACAGUAGUGACAGAUCCCCUUUAAUAAACUCUUAUAACGGUGUCCCUUUAAUAGAAAUAAUGCAGGUAAGUGAAUAGAUGGCUGAUUAUUGGCAAUCUAUUAUUGUUUGACAAAUACUAUUAAUGAUUUCAUACCCAGAAAUACUAGUUAUCGUUUUUUUGUUCUGCGAUUUUGUUUAUUAUUAUAAUAAUAGUAGGAUUGUACAAUAAUCUCUUGGUAAAAUAACAUCACUUGGGGCGGAGUCCAGCGUCUGACCUGAAUGGCCGCAAUCCUGCAGAGCUCCAUACAAACAUCAAAUCCAUGCCAAUCUAGGACCCAUCAGCGCCAUCAAAGCGCAUAACCACUCCCUAGGGUACCCCACGAAGACAGGCAAUCCACUAAUGCCUUUUUUGUUCCCGCAAACGGGUGAGAAGACCCGACGGAGAACAGGGGCCUAUGCCGAGUUCCUAACUGCGAAGCUCACGCUCGAGAGCCUCACGCAGAGAUUGAGUACCGGCACCCCACAACAGACCGGUUCAGCGGAAGGAGACGGCCACACUACUGGGCGACGGUCCCAGAGGCCCCCUGGGCACUAACCGAGACACGCAAGAUAUCGGCGCACUGCUCCUACGACCAAUGGCGCCAAAGAUGGCAGCCUCUCCAGACCGCAAGCCGGCCUCACGAGAUGAAGAACAACAUUUGGAGAUGCCGGCGUUCUUUCCUUCUCAGCCAACAUUGGAGACACCAGCCAGUUGGGAAAAGCACACCCCGGCCACCUAGCAAGACAUUGCGGACCUGCUCAUAGAAAUGAGAGAAAUGCACGCAGCGGAUCUUGACAUGCUUAAGACUGAAAUUCAUGUGGUGAUCGCACGGACGCAGGCCUCGGAGGAGGACAUACUCGACCUGAAGCAGGAGGUAGAAGCAUUUCCAACAAAUGCAAACUACCCAGAACACCCUCACUACAAGGGUGGAUAUGUCUGAGGACCACAUUAGAUGGGCUAACAUAAAAAUAAGGGGGAUCCCAGAUAGUAAAGACCCUACUGAAUUGCCCCACUACCUUAGACGCCUCACAGCCAUGCUUCUACCACACGCCGAAGCGAAAAAGCUCCUGCUAGCUGUCUUCUUUCGCAUACGAAAGCCAAGACAAGCACCACCUGCUGCAUCACAGGAUGUCAUUAUAAGGUGCCAUUCCAUGGCUGACAAAAUCAGGGUUUUUUCUGCAGUCAAGGGAAAGAUUCCACUUGCUUUCGAGUCAUCCCACCUAACCUUCCCUCAGGACUUAACCCGGAACACUCUAUUAUGGACAAAAUCCUUGGGCCCAGUAACAAGCCAGCUGCGUGACGCCAGCAUUGAAUAUAAAUGGACAUUGCUGAGAUCUCUAAUAGUGACCAAGGAAGGCACCACUUUCACUCUCACCUCACUACAGGAGGCAGAACCAUUCCAGCCUUUUUUGUUCCUUUAAUGUUAUGCUCCACUGUGGACUAUACACUUUGACGCCCCUCACACUGGGCGCAGUACCGAUGGGGCCCCUAGGUGGCUUCAAUGGCAUACCACGAGCUUUUACCAUCCAUGCAAGCGUCAAAAGCACUCACGAGCUCCAGAAUGCUACCCCCAUGGUUAGUGGUCACAAUCCCACCCAGCAGACUCCACAGCAGGUCUCCCGGGAAUAGCACUAUGACUAGAGACGUGACUCUCACACACCACCACAACCAAGAGCGGACCUGCUGGCCCUGGAUAGCCUUACCCUAAAAACUCUACAGACAGUACCCCAACUAAGAGGAGACACUCAUGCACUACCUGCUACCCUCGGUCCCAGGCAAGGGUGGACCGCACUGUUGACAACCGAACAACAGGCAAACCACUGACGACUAAUACGGUCAACUUACAUUCUGACCCACUGUACCACAAUGUUAUCGUUGUUAUAAUUAUAUUUGUUUUCUGUUUUCUCAUGUACACUACCAAUAGAGCGCUUACACACGACCGCACAUUCUAGAUGAGUCUGCUAACGUUAACAAGCCUCUAGUGGCCUUAGUUGGGUACUGACCUUGUCUUAACCAGCCUGACUUUCACACCACUAAAAACAAUGUGCACAAUUAGCUGAUAUCACAUAAUGUACCUGUAUGAUGCAUAUUUGCCUGACUGCUCUGUGUUAUCAAAUGUUGAUCGCUACCCCCUGGUGGCUGUUGGGGCCACACGGGCUGUACCUUGUAUUAUCAUGCACGGCACGGAAUUAUAACUUUUUUUUUUUUUUUUACUUGAGUCAGUUGUUCAUUUAUGUAAUUUUUUAUGAAUUUUGUUUGUUUCGCAGACAGCUACAUGUAAUGGAUGAAACCCAUGUAAUUAACCAAGUAAAAGAGGAUGUGUGCUAUGUAUCUACAGACUUUUACAAGGAUAUGGAGACGGCAAAGUAUGUCAUUUAAUGGUGUCAGUAUCAGACAUUUAAUGUCAUUAUCUAUAACACUUCCUAAUAGAACAUAUUUCUUUCAGACUGAAAGGGGAAGAUAACUCUGUUAUGGUAGAUUAUGUGUUGCCCGACUUCAGCACAAUCAAAAAAGGGUAUGUUAAGGUAAGUAAUUGGACUAUAUUUUAUUUAUCUGUCUCUUCUUCCACCCUUUUUGCACCUGAAUGCAAACAUCCCAAUAGUGGAACAGGCUUUCCUAUUAUUUUAUUGUGAAAUAUUAUAUUCCUGUGAAUAUAGGUGAUAAUAUCUGAGCUAAUUAAGGUAUUAAGAAAAGCAUAGUAAUGUUUUACUGAUGUGAGAUGAAAUGCCAUCAACUCAAAGAUGGCAAUUUAUCUUUAAAGGAACACUACACAAACAUAAAGCACUUCAGACUUCACAUAUGGACAGUUUAUAAAACGAUGAAUAGAAAUGGGUGAAAACACUGUCUAAUUACCAGCCAGGGAGCUAAGAGAAGCCGUAGGCACGCUGUGCUAGAGUCUGCCUGCCUUUCCAAUUCUCAAUGAGCUGUAUUACACCUUAGUCAGCAUAAGAAAGCUGUGAUUGUUUACACUCAAUUACAGCUCCAGCCAAGAGACUACUCAAUGAGAAGUCUGUGCAGGGGAAGUAGGGGAGGGCUUGAAAAGGCUGCGGACAGCAUAUCUGCUGCUUAUGCCAACUUUUUUUCUACUCAUAUACCCCCAUAGAUAUCAUGCAAACAUUACAUGCAUGUUUUCCUUGGGGGUAUGCUUAUUAAACUUUUGAAAAAUAAAAUCAAUGGAGUGUUCCAACAUGAAACAAAGAUGUUUAUUCCAUGUUCUAUGUAAAGGAAUACUAGUAUAUGUUUAGACACUGCUUAAAGGAACACUCCAGAAUGGGACUGUCCUGUCUUAUUUAUUAACAUAAAGCUUUAAUGUUAGAUUGCAUUGCUGAGCUUAUUCUGUAACUCCCCAUACAGCAGUGCAUCACAGGCCCAACAGGGAUUUAGGCAGUUGUUUUCUUUUCUGCUGUAGUCCCAUACGGCUGCAUUAUUGGACUAAAAGCAGAACUACUGGAGAUUGAGAGGAGAGGGUGAUCUUAUGGAGCAAAAGUAAUAUAAAAGAAAAAUAUUAAAAAAACAAAAACGGACUACAUAAAUAUCUCUGACCUAUUCUCCACUCUUCAAUGAACAUCUGAGAAUGCAGUGGGUGUAAUAUAUAUAUAUAUAUAAAAAAAUUAUUUCAUUGUUUUUUUUUUUUUUUGUUAAAUGUUCUGUUUUAUGGUUUUAAUAGCCCAGAGAAGAAAUGGUGUUUAGUGGCAAGCCCACGGCUGGGGAGCAAACACUACGUCUGACAAAUGAGAGGUUUGCGGUUCCUGAAAUCCUUUUCCAUCCUUCAGACAUUGGGAUUCAAGAAAUGGGCAUUCCAGAAGCCAUCGUACAUUCCAUUCAUAAUCUUCCAGAAGGUAUGUUGGUAAAUUAAUUUCUACCCAUACACAAAACCUUACUAAAAUUAGUAGUCCUUGUCAAACUCUCAUUUUAAUAUUAAAUAUUCAUUUUGGCUUCAUUGGGUUCACAACAAUACUUCAGUUGUUGUACUGUGCAGUCAGACACAAUGGGAGGAGAUUCAUAGAUGUUUCAAAAAGAAUAAUGCUGUAUGGUUCUAACCAAUGGUGUUUUCUAGAGUCAAAGUUGCUAAACUCACAUUAUGUCAAAGGAGCACUAUAACCGCUACAAGCAGCUGUAGUAGUUAUGGUGCUAGUAGCCUCUCCUAAGGAAUGAAACCAUCUGUGAAUGGCUGAGGACUUCUGGUUUAGCUUAAACAAUCACUUUUUGCUUUAGCUAUAAUCGUUUUAUGCCACGUUCCAGAAUAUUUGUUAGCAGAACAUCAUUGGAUGGUUUGACUCCUUACCCUGAGAUGCCACCAGGCUACUCCUGGCACAAGAGAUACAACAGUGGGGUAUAGUAGUUAUGGUGUUAAGCUUUUUUUUUUUGUCUUAAAUGUUACUCUAACCCUUUUCCUAUCUUAGCAAACAAAAACUUAAAUAAUCUAAAUGGAGUGAAGGAAAAGAAGAAGUGAUGCUGCCUGUAAGGGGAAGCCUAUUACAUCUGUCACACUGACCACAAAUGUAAAUUAGGCACAGACAUCCCAUUAGGCAGCUUGGUAGUUCUGGGCUGCCUAAGUCACGUGUGCCUGGGGUGUAACUAGCCCCUGGCACAAAAGUGCAUCUCUCUGGAAGUGCAGCGUUUUAAACUGAGACGCUGCACAUACAGAUUCCUAUCAACAUAACCACUUCUAAGAGCAGAAGUGGUCAUGGUGGUUGGAGUAACCCUUUAAGUGUUUGAUUUAAAAAAAUAAAUAAAAUAAAGUUGCCUGAAACUAAAUGCAACUUGUGCACUAUAUUAUACACAAUAAAUGCAGCUGGCUGUUGUCUGCUUCGUGAGUUUCAUAAGUCAUGUAUCAAAGUUGUAAGUAUAAAAACAUUAAAGGGUGUUGGCUGAUUAACAUUAUUUGGGUUGUGGUUUUAUUUUAUUUUUAAUUUGUUGUUCGUUCCCCCUUUUAUUUAACAAGUGCUUGUCAUUGUGGGUAACUUGAUAAGACAUUUUCAAUGAAAACAAACCAUUGUAUACCUUUUCACUUUUUAGUUUGUUUUAUGAUAAAAAAAAUAAACACUUUUAAUUGUUAACCUCUCAUGCCUUUCAUAUAAGGGAAGUUGUUAUUGCCCAAAUUAAAUUACAACUGUAAUUUUAGGAAUGGGUGCUUGCGGGGGGCAUAACAUAAUGAAGCGCCACCUUGGGAAAACAUGUCCGUAAACAAACGUGCGGUGGUUAUAGGACACGUGAACACAAUGAUAUCUUGAGUUUACAAGUGUUACUGCAAUGUAUGUGCAAUGAUCAUACAAACAUUAUAAUGCCGGGUGCAUUAAAUAUGUAUUUUCUGGGAUGAGCGCCAUCUCCCUCAUCAAGAUUACAAUAUUGUUGUAAAUAUUCCUUUACCAAUCCUUACAAGUUCCUCCAAAAUUAAUCUUGGCUUUUUUUUUAUUCUCAUAAAAAAAUAAAAAAAAAAAACUGUUACAAAUGCGUUUGCCAUGCCCCAACAGCAUGUACCCGCGAUAUAGUAAUAAACAUCAAUGUAGUAAGGCAUGACAUGGGAAUACAAUGCACGUGUUUUUUAUAUAUAAUGACGUGAAGACGGUUUCUAAACUUGUAUAGUUAUGAGGUGAGAGAUGAAAAUGCGAGAAACAACAUACUGUGCUAGUUGGCCAGCAUUACGCACUGAUUGCACAUUUUAAAGUUUAUGUAGAGUAGGAGACCUGUUAGUCCGCGCUGUCUAUGCAGUAAGAAACAACCUGCAACCGUAUGAGAGAUUAGUGUACUAGAUUAAGCUGUGUUCCUACAAUUUUUCACAUUAGAUGCUGUUAACCAGACAAUUAACUAUGGUAUAGCUAAGACAUCGUGGGAUUAGCUGUCUUGACCCAAUGGCAUGUAGGCAGAUUAGUUGUCGAUGUAUUCUUGGCUUUUUGUAGCGAAUUAUGGGGUUUUUAUUUUUUCUCUCUCCUUUUACACGUCUUACAAACACUUGCUACUUUAUCCACACUUGUUUUUUUUUCUGUUUUAACAAUAAACUUAAUUUAAAAAAAAAAAGAAAAAUUGUUUCUUUUUUAUUAUAAAAUAAACUGUCAAAUUUCUCCUCUAUAGGAUUUCAUUUUCUUUUCUGCCUCUGGUAAAUAGUAAGGUUAUUACAUCUCUUGGACAGUAUGCCUCGCUCACCCUGCAGAGUAUUUUCUCUUUUUUAAAUAUAAAACAUAUACUCUAGAUUCUCUGACUUUAUCUUUUAAUACAAACGUAUUUUGUGUUUGGUUUUUUUUUGUUUGGUUUUUAAACAAAACUUUAUUUUUUUUGAGAGGACACAUUCUCCACAGGACCCAAUAGGACAUAUUACGCCAGGACGAUCCUCCCUCUCAUAAGGGUUAUAGUAACUCUUUAAAUAAAUUGUCAACAGUGAACUCCCCAUACGUCCCGCACCAUCUAAAUGAAGGGGUCUGGGUGCAGUGGUCCUAUCCUUUUUUAUUUUUUUUUUAUUUUUUUUUUUAUUUACAUGGCAUGCCUGUCUGUCUACCCAAAUACAGCCAUAGCAUACUUUGCAAUUAGCUUAGCCCCACAGUGCCAUAGUACAGUAGAAAAACAAGUGUUUACUUGCCACCACUGUACCAUUCAUCCUAGUAAAUAUUACAACUACGUCUACUGUGGUGAAAGGGUGAGGAACUGUCACUUUUAGAGCCAAUUAUUGUUAAUGUUUAGUAAUUGGCAAAAUGCCUAUAUUUCCUAUCUCAUAGAAAUGCAGCCUCAUUUCUUCAAGAAUAUUGUUCUUACUGGUGGAAACACCUUGUUCCCGGGGUUCAAGGAGCGGGUGUUCCAGGAGGUUCGUAAACUCACUCCAACAGACUACGACGUUUCAGUAUAUUUACCUGAGAAGUGAGUAUUGAUCCAUGUUUGAAUGUUGCACAGCAGCCACCUCCACCUAGUAUUGUCUUUCAUUUUCUCUGUUUCUGAGUACAUGCAUACCUACAUGGGAUAAUUCACUAAAUGUAACAUAAGAAAGCAAACAUUUAAAUACAUUUUUCAGUCUUUGAAUUUAAGUAGUACACAUAACUCUCAAAUGCUUUACUUUAAUUGUACUAUUAUCUAUAUAUUUAAUAUAUAUCCCUUCAAGUUGUAUUAUAAAUCUUGCUUCAGAGGAGGCCUGCCCAGACCAGGUAAAAAGGCAAACUGUAAAAUGGUUUGCCACAUUACCAGAGAACGCACUGUGGUACAACUAAUAUAACCACUGCAGUGGUCUGUAGUAAUUAUGAUGGAUGACUAAACCCUUUAAGUUAACACUAUUCCUCCCCUCAACCUACAGUUUUCCCUUUUUGCUUCAGAAAUAUUGCUGUAUAUGAUACCACUGCCCCUUCUGUGAGGCUUUUGGAUGUUGUAGUUCAACAUAGUAAAAUUCCUUGAAACCCUGGUUAUGCCUAUGCUUCUGGCAUAAGCUUAACCGAGCCACAUGAUUUUGUUUCAGUCCCUGUUUUGGUUAGAGCCUAUUGCAAUAAAUUCAGACGAUGUCCAUUUUGACACACAGCCAUUUUUUCUUCCAGCCCCAUUACAUAUUCUUGGGAAGGCGGGAAGUUAAUCUCUGAAAAUGAUGACUUUGAAGACAUGGUAGUAACCAGAGAAGAAUAUGAGGAAAAUGGACACUGUAUUUGUGAAGAAAAAUUUGAUAUAUAGUUUGUGUUAUAAAAAAUAAUCUGUAAAUAUUUCUGCACUGGCUAGCAUUUGUAAACUCAUUUUUUAAGUAUUUAUUUAAUGUAGGUUUCUAUUAAAAUGUACAAAAAUUGUU